CUUAUUUAUCUACCGCAAAGUGCUGCAGACUGCAGUACCACGGUCACAACCGGAAUCGUCGUGUCUCGUUGAUACGUAGAAAUGUAAAGUAUUACGAGAUAUAUUUAAUACGACUUUUUUCAAGAGGUACCAUACUGUCUCUCUCAAUUGCUAGCCUAAAAUUGGAUCUAAUCUUGGUUUCUUAGAAUAUACUAUGGAUGACGAGCUUGAAGAUAGGAUCUUAUAUCAAACUUACGUGUCUCAUAUGAAACUGAUGUCAAAAUUCACAGUGGGUAUUCCCGCUGUCUUAAAUGCUGCUGUCAAUACUCCAUUAGGUUAUUUUUGGAGAAUCAUGAGAAUCUAUGCUUUUAAACCAGAGGUAUUAAUCUGCUGCACACUUUUAGCAGUGAUGCUUCUUUAUAUACAAGCUGUCGAUCCUUGGAGUAGAAUGCUGUUUGAAAAAAUUCAAUACACCCUAGGACGUACAACGUCUAAGGUUUCAAAGUUGCAAUUUCUUGUUAAUGAUUCUGUAAAUAAUGGAGUAAAACUUAGCUGGGAAUUAAAACAAGGGAAUAUAGCAGCUUAUGCAGUUCAAGGUCAUAGAGCUCGUAUGGAAGAUCGUUUUGUAGUAAAUGAAGAUUUAAAUAAUACUGGUGUAUCCUUGUUUGCAGUUUUUGAUGGUCAUGGAGGAGAGUUUGCUGCAAAUUAUGCUCGUGAUAAACUUAUUCCAAAUAUAAACAAAAAAGUGAUAGAACUAAAGGAUAUGAUAGCUGGUAGAUUUUCUGAUAUACAGAAAAAUAAUCAAAUAAAUAAUCGGCCAAUAAUUCAAUCUGAAAAUAAAAAAGAUGUAAAAACAGAUUCAACCACGAUCGAACGUAAGAAAUCUUUUCGUAAAACUGUUAGUACUUCGGUAACGGAUGAUUGUAUGAAAAAUAGUGUCGGCGUUACUGAUCCAGAAUUAUUGGAUAAAUUAGAUAGUCUGUCACGGCCAAUCACGAGGGAGGUAAGACCUUGUAGAUCAGGUGAGACUCAACCUGAAAUUGAUAUGACAACCUAUUUAGAUGGAGAUAAAAUAAAUUAUGGUAGACUAUUAACCGAUGAAGUUCUAGCAGUAGAUCGAUUAUUAGUUAAAGCAGCUAAAAAAAACAUGGAUGUAGCAGGUACUACUGCUCUGAUCGCACUUCUAGAAGAUAAUAAAUUAGUAGUAGCGAAUGUCGGUGAUUCUAGAGGUGUAAUGUGCGAUGGAAAAGGCAAUGCGAUACCUUUAUCGUUCGAUCAUAAACCACAACAGGAAAGAGAAAAAAAGAGAAUAUAUAAAGCUGGUGGAUUAGUGACAUUCAAUGGAGUUUGGAGAGUUGCUGGUAUAUUAGCAACAUCUCGAGCUUUGGGAGAUUAUCCACUGAAAGAUAAAAAAUUAGUAAUAGCAGAUCCAGACAUUUUAACAUUUGAUCUAAGUGAUCACAAUCCAAUGUUCCUUGUUUUGGCAUCCGAUGGACUAUGGGAUACUUUUACAAAUGAAGAAGCUGUAGCAUUUAUCAAAGAACGUAUAAACGAGCCACAUUUUGGUGCAAAAAGCAUUACAUUACAAAGCUAUUACAGGGGAUCUUCAGAUAAUAUCACAGUAGUUGUAAUCGACUUACGAGAUAAGAAAUAUAAUGGAACAGAAUCAAAAAGGAAUCAGUAAUUAUUAUCUUAACUGUUUCCAAAGUAUUAUAUGGUAAAACUUCCUAAUGUUGUUUUUCCAAAACUCUUCUAGUCAUUAAAUUCAAUUAAAAAUUUGAAUUUAUGAAAGCGAAGAGAGAGAAUGGGCGUAUUACUACUACAAUAUUGUGAUUUCACCAAAUAUGAUAUUUGAGAUGUUAUUAAUAUGUACGAUAAGAGAAUAUUCAUUUUUGUAAUUAAUUUUCAUUUGUUAUUAUUAUGAUAUAUAUUGUAAACUAUAUUUUUUCUUGCACGUGCCUUAUUUCUUGGCUGUGUAACUUCAAACAUGCUUUGAGCAUUCUUCCAUCUCUUUAGCUUGUAUAACUUAUAAUGACUGAUUUUUGGUUACUUUACAAAAAAAAAAGAAAAGA